GACUGUUCUGCUUUCGUCUCGUCGAUGCUGGCCAAUCAGACACCUCUAAAGCGAGACACCGCCAAGAUCAGAUUGUGAGACGCGCUGCUGUAGCAAGGCUAACCGAAAGCGGAUAGAAAGGGCUAACAAACAAGUUGCUAACUUGCGAAGUGCACCGGGGUCUGAAGAGUGAAGAAUAGAAGUAAAAUUUUCUUUCUAGCCUGAAGCUCAACUCUUCCGGUCCUUUGGGAUCAUGGCUAAAGAUGCUGGUCUGAUUGAAACAAAUGGAGAGCUGAAGGUUUUCAUCGAUCAGAAUCUGAGCCCCAGCAAAGGUGUCCUAUCUUUGGUUACUGUCCAGCCUACAGCUGCCCCUGUGGCCAAACAGCUACUACCCAAAACCCUAGGGCCAUCCAAUGUGAAUGUUGCUGCACACAUGCAACAUGUGCCACACAUGGUGAUUGGAACACCUCAGAGGCCCACAGUAUCAAAUACCAUUUUGGUAAACAGUCCACAUACACCAAGUUCACAGUUCCUCGCUCAGAGUCAACCAUCUGAUGCGUCUCCCUGGUCAUCAGGAAAGCGUGGUAAGAAAGGGGAAAAGAAUGGGAAGGGUUUGAGACAUUUCUCAAUGAAAGUCUGUGAGAAGGUGCAGAAGAAAGGAGUAACCACCUACAAUGAAGUGGCAGAUGAACUGGUUGCAGAAUUUAGCUCUUCAGACAACCACAUGUCACCCAAUGACUCGCAUGUGUAUGACCAGAAGAACAUUCGGCGGCGUGUGUACGAUGCACUUAAUGUGCUCAUGGCCAUGAACAUUAUCUCUAAAGAGAAAAAAGAAAUCAAGUGGAUUGGCCUGCCCACCAACUCAGCACAGGAGUGCCAAAACCUAGAGGUGGAAAGACAAAGGCGGCUGGAGAGGAUUAAGCAGAAACAAUCACAGCUUCAGGAACUCAUACUGCAGCAAAUAGCUUUUAAGAACCUGGUUCAGCGGAACAGACAGACAGAGCAGCAGGCAAACAGACCUCCACCUCCCAACUCCAUCAUCCACCUUCCCUUUAUUAUUGUCAACACCAGCAAGAAAACUGUCAUCGACUGCAGCAUCUCCAAUGACAAGUUCGAGUAUUUGUUCAAUUUCGACAGCAUGUUUGAGAUCCACGAUGACAUUGAGGUGCUGAAACGUAUGGGCAUGGCCUGUGGUUUGGAGGUGGGAAAGUGUUCUCCAGAAGAUCUGAAGGUUGCACGUAACCUGGUGCCCAAAGCUCUGGAGCCUUACGUCAUAGAGAUGGCAAAGGGUCCCAUCAGUAACGUAUACAUCACUGGAGGAUCCUCAGCUAAUGGAGCCCGUUACCCUGCGAGCAGUGAUGGCUGCACUGAUGGCACCAUGGCCUCCAGCUCGAAUGACUCUCACUACAGCGGGUCUCGUGUGGAGACUCCUGUGUCGUACAUGGGGGAUGAUGACGAUGAGGACGAAUACGAUGAGAACGACGAUGAAGACUAAACCUGUCUAUGCCUCGCCGCUCCAACAAGCACAGCCCUUCAAACCACCUUCACCGUGGGAAUUUAGUCCCCCUUUGUGUGUGCUUCUUCAACCUUUUCCCCCCCUGUUUCCCAUGCCUGUAUUUCUGUCUGGCUUUCUCAGGGGUGUAGAUGAAAAUUGAACAGAGGUGUAUCUCGCACCCACCUUUUUCUGCUCCUGAAUCACGUGCACCUGCACUACAGCUCUGGGGGAGGUGUCGUCCAAGGGAACUGUGGUCUGUGGCCCACCACCACACUCAAGUCUUUGUAUGUCUAAUCCACUCCUCAAUAAGCCAUCCCACUAAAAAACCCUCUGUAAAACCUACUGCUGUUGGAGAAUGUAUAAUGUACUUGUUUGAAUAGUUAUUCCUAUUAUUUUGCAAUUACAUAUGGCAGACAUGAUGAUGAUCAAAAUGUUCCAAGGUGGCCAAAGUGUCUGCUCAACAUGCUGUGUUAGUGCAACACCAUGGAUUCUGAAUGGCCUAAUACAGUUGCCAUGGCAUCUCAGGAUGGGGCUCCAUCAGAUGUGUUGAUACUUUUUUGUUUUGUGUUCUGGGCAAUAAUUUGAAAUAGUUUCUUAUCCCCCAUUGUGUUGGACUGGCUUCCUUCUGUUCUGUAGGCAGCUGCUUUCCUGAUCUUGUUUGCUAGUUAUGUUUUUUUGUAUUUCCGGAGUUGAGGAAUUCUCCAUCACCGCCCUGUUAACGCCUUGGUAGUGUUUACAAAAUAAUGGCACCAGCAAGGUAAGGACUUUCAUAACCCAGGCUCCUGAUAGGUAAAUAAGCUUUGUUUGUUUAACUACGUAUAUGAAUCCUACAACGAUUGUAGCUUAUAGUAUCCUUUAGAGGCCAGUGGUAAAGAUAGACCUUCAAAAAUUGAUGUAACAAAAUGUGUGGUUGUGUAGGUCUUGAUGUGCUCCUUCAAAGAUCUCCCUUUUAAAACUGAGCAACACAUGUACUGACUCUUCCAAAUACUUUUUCUGUAAUCUAAUAUAAGUUUGCAAAUUAAAUAUAGAUUGUUUUAAUAAGUUUGUAUCUAUAAUUGAUGCAAGUUUAUUGUUGCAACAAAAAGUUGACCUAUUUGUGUCUGGCCAGGAACAAAUUGUCUAUUGCUCAAAUUACGAACAAGUCAAACAGGCAACACUUAAUACCUCAAAAUAUAUAUAUUUAUAUUUUUCUUUACCAUGUCAAAGAUGAAGGCUUCUUGUAAUCUGUAUUCCUCAAACAACCCAUUGACAAAAAUUAGUGGGAAAGGUGGGUUUGGGGAGGUGUCUGCUAGUCAGAGGAAAGCCUCAGGGAAACUGCAUGCUCGAAGCUCAAGAACAGGAUGCGAGGUGAGGACAACCAAUUAAAUGCUACCAUAGUUUAAUUUCUUUUUGCAUUUUUCAUAUAGACGUGGAUUUACAAGGGUCACCGCUGACAUUGACAUGUGCCUAUUUUAAUGAGGUGUGUCCAAAUGUUUUUGACAUGGAGAAGCGAUAAGGGCCAAAAUGUAGCACAUGCUGCAGGCACUGGAUAAUGGAGGUUUUUCCAGUGUCUGCUGUUGUGGUCUGACUGAUCCUGAAGUAGCAGGACAUGUCGGUACAAGUCGUUUCAUCUCUUUGUUUCCUGUAAAAAAUCUCUUGCUAAAAUUCAUUGAAAUACAUUGUAAAUGAUAAGUUUACAUUUUUAAUCACAUAAUUUAUCUUAAAGAAACUCAGAUCACUUUUACUUGCAGAGUGUAUUUACAGGUGUUCGUGGACAGUUGCUUGUAGCUCCAAAUUCCAAUUGAAAUUGCCUCAAGUGACGGCAGUUGACUCUUAUCAGUUGGAGCUGCAGACUACAACAAAAAGCAAACAGGAACAGUUAGCUGGAGCUCAACUCACCUCUGCUAGAGGUUAGAUGCUCGAGGCUACAUUAGCUGCCACUAGCAUAACACUUGAAUCUCUGACCAAACUUAGCAGUGGAGUUGUAUUGUAAUGUAGGCACCAGGUUUUAAUAGGGAAAAAGAAUACAUGGAAUAAUAAAGACAGCAUCUCUGGUUCUGCUGCUUGAUUUUUGAUUUUUUUUUUUUUUUUUUUUUUUUACUGUCUCUUGUGAGUCUGAUGAUGUUAUAGGCAACAAUACUGACAUGCUCAUGAACAUUGAAAGUGGUAUUGGUCACUGUAAUCAUUCAUCGUCCAUACUGGGUGUAACAUCUUGGUGUGAUUUCAGUGUGAGUGAUGGGGGAUGAAAUUCAGUCAUUCUGUGUUGAAAUGCAUUCAGAAGUUUAAUUGAAGUUAACAUGAGGCUUAAGGUAGUCGGUUCAACUGGGAAUUCUCUAAGAUUUGUUGUUUUUAAGCAGCGACUUGAUAUCAAAAGGGCUAAACUGUGGAAGACACUUGAUUUUGUCAAACCCGGACUGCUGCAGUCUCAUACUGGCUUGCAUUGAAUUUGCUUACGGCGAGCAGUAAUCCUUUCAAUGGACAUACGGGCAUAUCAGAAUAAAGACAUGAAAAAAAUUGAA